AUGCAUCUCAAGCUCUUGUUCGUUGGGGCCUUCGCGUCUAUAGGCCUUGCUCACUCGAGCCGUGAAGGUCCUUCCACGCCAAAGCUUUUUGGCGCGAGAAAGUUCCUCUCGACUCUCGAGGCGCGUAACGCGUUACCAGAAGCUCUUGCGGAGCACGAGGACCAUGUUGAGAAGCGCUGGCCCGAGGAUUCCUUCCAAGCAUUGGAGACGCGUCAAAUUGGUGGUACCGAUGGACAGUGUGGACCAGGUGUAGGGACGUGUGCUUCUGGCUACUGUUGUUCUCCUGCUGGCUGGUGUGGAGUCGGCAUUGAUUACUGUGCUGGACCUGAUUGUCAACUUGCCUACGGUCCUGGCUGUGAUGGUAACCAAUCGCCAUCUGGUGCAUCUACUGCUAGCGUUGCUAGACCUGUGUUGGGCUCGAUGCCGUAUGGUGGUGCUGGAAUUUAUGAUUGUCUUACUGCUGGAGAUAUUGCCUUCACUUUCGAUGAUGGGCCAUACAACUACACUUCUGAUCUCCUCGACAAGUUGUUGGUCUACAAUGCCAAGGCAACCUUUUUCGUUACUGGCAACAAUCUCGGAAAAGGUGCAAUUGAUACCCAUUGGUCUUCUAUCAUUCAGCGCAUGAUUGCCGAGGGUCAUCAAGUUGCUUCUCAUACUUGGUCCCAUCAAAACCUGACCUCAUUGGACGCCACCACCUUCCAAAACCAGAUGAUUUAUAAUGAGAUGGCUUUCAGAAAUAUCCUGGGUUACUUCCCAACUUAUAUGAGACCCCCUUAUUCUGAAUGUGACUCCACGUGUGAAAGCAGACUUCAGAAAUUGGGAUAUCAUAUCACCUACUUUGAUCUCGACACUGAGGGAUAUCUGAACGACUCGCCGACCCUCAUUCAGAACUCAAAAAACAUCUGGGAUGCGGCUAUCGCUCAAAUCAAUGCUGCUACUGGCAACUAUCUAGAGAUUGAACAUGAUAUACACUAUCAAACUGUUUACAACCUUACUAACUACAUUCUGGCCUCGAUGUACGCCAAUGGAUUCCAGUCCGUAUCUGUUGGUACUUGCCUUGGGGACCCGUCCGCAAAUUGGUAUCGGAAUGCAGGUGGCGCUGCUCCGAGCUCCACUUCGUCCGUUGCUCAAAGUGUGAGUACCGAUGGAUCGUGUUCCAGUACCAUUACCUGCCUUGGAUCAACGUUUGGAAAUUGCUGCUCUCAAUACGGCUAUUGUGGGUCUGACAGCACCUACUGUGGAGCUGGAUGUCAGCCUGGGUCUGGUUCUUGCGGGGUUUCGAGCAUCAAAUCAUCCUCGUCCACGAAGACAUCAAGCUCGGCCACCUCCACAGCUACGCUCCCCGUAUCAACGGACGGGACAUGUGGGACAAAAUUCACCUGUCUAGGCUCGACGUUUGGAAACUGUUGCUCCCAAUAUGGCUAUUGCGGAAGCACAGCAGCAUACUGUAGCACAGGAUGCAACCCGGCAGGAGGCACUUGCACCAAGGUGACAACUACAACUUCACAAUGGCUAUUCAACUCAUUAACCACCAGCAGCGUCGUCUCUAGUCCCACCAAGAUCAUCACGAGUCCGGACGGUACUUGCGGACGCGGUACGAGUCAUACCUGUGUUGGAAGCAAGUUUGGAAUUUGUUGCUCGGCUGGAGGGAAAUGUGGGAACUUGGUUUUCGGAUUGGUGCAGCCUUAUUGUGGUGUUGGAUGCCAGGUUGGCUAUGGGAUUUGUGUAUAG